GUCGAUAUCAAUAAUUAUCCCGUAACCAGUAAAUAAACAAAUUACGUAUUUAUCACGUGUAAUUAUCAAAUUUUAAUGAUAAACAAAUUACAUUUUCAUUGAUUCACAUCUCACAUCUAAUAAUACUAAUAAUACUAAAGAAAUAUUAGUCAAUUAUAAAAUGAACUUUCAACAACAACCAACCAAUAUUUUCUCUAAUAAUAAUGCUUCCCUUGAAAAAGAUAUUCUAAACGAAUACCAAAAAUUAUCUUCUCAUAUUGAAAAGAUAAAUGAAACAAUUAUUCAUAUAAAUACGAAUGAUAUCGAAAUUCUUGUUGAUAAACUUCGUUCCUUGGAGAAAAAAUUUGGUCUUGUUUAUACCUUGUUUAAGGCUUCUGUAUAUUCUGUGGUAACUUCUAAUGAAAAUGUUAUUAUUAAUGAUGAGAAUACGAAUAGACCUUUAAUGUUUUAAACGCGUUCUUUACAAUUUGAAUAAAUGAUUUUUUUCGUGUUUCUCCUUUAAAUCAUUCUUCUUUAAUAAUAUAUAUAUAUAUUACAAGAUUAUAUAAUAAAUAUAAUAAAUAAAU